AUGAGAUCUUUGACGCACACAGCUCUACGAAGAUUAUCCAGAAGAUCUCUUUCACAAACUCAAACAUGCUGCAAUGCUGAAAAGGAUCUACUUAGCUUUAUGGAGUACCCUCUGAAGGGAGACAAAGUCAAACCCAAGCGAAUCCUUAUUCUAAAGCCAAAUGAGACGAGAGACAAGAUGUUGAGCCAACAUCUUCAUGAACACAAGAGAAGACGGGGUACCAUCUCGAAGAAAAAGCUGCAGAUUGCACAAGAGAUGCUUAAGAUAGACUCAUUUCUUUCAGGAUCGGAGGCUACUUCUCAAUCGAGCAUGAUCGAAGCGGUUGAAUUUUUCAAGCCGCAGUCGGGAGAACCGCUUAACCAAGGAUCAGUCAAGGAUUUAACUCAGAAUUUGUACAAAAGUUUCACCAGAGAUCAGAUGAGACAAUAUCUAGCUGAACUGAGACACAAACAACCCCCUUCUAGAUACUCAAAACGGGAGAUUGCUGAAUACAUUGUCACGAAUAUUUGGAAAUCGGAAUCUGGUUCUACAAAUGCUACUUUUCUUUCGAAAGAAAUUGUUCCACUCUCCAAAAUGGAGCUCUUCUUUCUUUCGGCACAAAAUGGCUACAUCUUGCAGCACAUGAGAAACGCCGUUACAUCGCUUGAACUUGAAUCUGAUAACCAGAGCCUAGUGUUGAAUGGAACGGCAAGUCAAGUAGCCAAUGCAAAGGUGCUCUUGGCUGCCAAAUUCGAGUCUGUUUAUAAAGUUGAAGAGGACUUGUCCUUUAUUACUCACAUGUAUGAAAAGGAAUCGAAAUCGAAAUCGCUUGAAAAAAUCAUGAGGGAAAAUGACGUUUAUUCCGAGAAGCUUAAAGAUCACAAAUAUCUCCUAUGUUCUUUGCAGCCAGCAAAGGUGGAACGAGUAAAGAGGUUAUUGUUGUGGAACUUGAAUAACAACCAACAUCAUAAAACGCUCUUACACUUGCCUUCGAGCGCUGAGUUGGAGCACUGUCUGUUAAUACAAUACACUGACACGCUUUCUAGUGAUUGGGAAGGACGCUCGAAGUCACAUUUUCAUCUCAUCAAUGAAAGUCAUAGCCAAGAAGUGUCUUCCAGGGUCAAGAAUGAGUUGGAAAGAUUCUCAAACUUGCAAAUUGACGAUUUAGAUCUCAGUCUGGAUCCUGCGGAAGGUAUCCGGAACCAGGUAGUAAAUUCUGACGAGACUUUCGAUUUGCUUGAAAGACUUGGAUUCCUGAAAGAAGAUAUUGAACACGAAAAAUCCGCCGUCAGCCCAAAUCUUGAUGCCGAGAUGCCUAUGUCCAUGGAUGAGCAAAUGACUCCACAGCUGCGAUAUGAGCUGCACAUUGUAGAGUCUGACAAAGCCUCGCUUUAUUCCCAACUCACUGACUUUGGGUACCGAAGAGCUCUUCAUGGUGUUUCUGAGGGAAAAUUAGACUCAGCAAUAUUCACAGUGACGCUUGGACGUACUCUUUUUUCAAAAGACAGGGAGGAGAACUCUAUUUUUGGCACUGCUCCAAGUAAAGACAAACUUACUGAGUCCUUUUCGUUUUCGACAAACACGCCUUUGGUGUACGAUCAGGCACUCGCUCGAUUGAUGGUAAAGGAGGAAAUGAGCACUCAAGAUGACCCACAUAAUUAUUACCUACAGUUCAAGUUUUUACCAUCUCCAUAUGAAGAGGCUCUGGCAGAGGUAUUAGAAGACAAAAUGAAAUACCCACCAAUUGAAAUGUGGAUUCGUCUUAAUGAAAAGUCGGUCUUGGAUCUAGAAUCUGUUCAAGUUGUCACUGUGGAGGGCGAAAACAAUGCUUACGUGUGCCUUCCUAAACUCCCUUCAGACUUCAAGGUGACCUGUCAAAUGACCGGCGAAGUCUUGAACGGCACAAACCUUGCUAUUACAAACGGAACAAACGAAGACACAUACGUCCUCAGCCAAACUGCAAAAAAAUUCUCUCAUUUAUCUGCUCAACCUGGUGUCGAGAGGUAUAUCGGCGAUUUGCGGGUGGACUUUGCUAGCGGGACGAGGCCGCAUAUACCGAACUAUAUGGAUGUUGUUAUUAACGGGAAGAAGGUUCAAUAUGCAUUCAUUAGUUUGAGACACAGAAGAGAGCUCUCCUUAGAAUUGGAGAACAAAAAGACUGUGCAACUCAAUGUCAUCGACGGAGGCCAAUCCGGUGGUCGUAGGCUUGAGGUAAGAUUUAUUGGAGAGUAUGGGGAUGGAAUUUCGAGGGAAAAUUUCGAUCUGUUAAUCGACUAUUGUGCGGAGUUUAUUAGUGAGUUGUGA